AGGACGAGGAGCAACAACGACAAAGAGACAAGAGCUACAACCGGCACCGCCCCUUCCUGCCCCUCCCCCAGCCACACUAGUCACACUGGGGCUGCGCUCAACCUGUCAGGGUGUUACAUCCAGCCCGAGUGCUCCUGUCAACCGGCGGGAGGAUAACAAAGAGCGCACGGAGCUCCUCCUAUAGAGGGGGCUGUCACUGGCUCACACGCACCGGCACAACAAGCACAUCCAGCCCGUGCACCAUGGCCGAGCAGCAGCACCUCCGCACUCACGGACACGCACAACGACUGGACCCCAAAGAGGAUGCGGAACUGGCGCUGGUGGGGAUCAAUAUGCUCCUAAAUAAUGGCUUCAAAGAGUCCGACCAGCUGUUCCGGAAAUACAGGAGUAACAGUCCACUGAUGAGCUUUGGCGCUAGUUUUGUCAGCUUUUUGAAUGCUAUGAUGACGUUUGAAGAAGAAAAAAUGCAAUUGGCAUGCGAUGAUUUAAAAAUGACCGAAAAGCUGUGUGAAAGUGACGAAGGAGUCAUAGAAACCAUAAAGAAUAAAAUCAAGAAAAACGUUGACGUUAGAAAGUCUUCUCAGUCCAUGGUUGAUCGGCUGCAGAGGCAGAUAAUUGUUGCAGACUGCCAGGUUUACAUUGCGGUACUGUCGUUUGUUAAGCAGGAACUGUCAGCUUAUAUAAAAGGUGGGUGGAUUCUGCGCAAAGCCUGGAAAAUAUACAACAAGUGCUAUGUGGACAUUAAUGCCCUUCAGGAAAUGUAUCAGAAGAAGACAUCUCAGGAGUCUGAUGCGGCAAACGAUAAUCACAUUGAUGCCGAAGGUGUCACCGAGGAAUCUCUUAACAGGCUGAAAGGUGCUGUGAGCUUUGGCUACGGACUUUUUCACCUUUGCAUAUCCAUGGUGCCCCCAAACCUGCUCAAAAUCAUCAACUUGCUGGGUUUUCCAGGAGACCGUCUGCAGGGGCUAUCUUCACUGAUGUAUGCAAGUGAAAGUAAGGACAUGAAGGCCCCUUUAGCUACGUUGGCAUUGCUAUGGUAUCACACUGUAGUUCGCCCAUUCUUUGCACUGGAUGGCAGUGAUAAUCAAGGAGGACUGAAAGAGGCCAAAGAGAUUCUUAAUAGGAAGGAAUCAGCCUAUCCCAACUCUUCUCUAUUUAUGUUCUUUAAGGGAAGAAUACAGCGAUUAGAGUGUCAAAUAAACAGUGCCUUGACUUCUUUCCACACCGCCCUGGAACUCGCAACGGACCAGAGGGAGAUUCAGCAUGUUUGUCUGUAUGAAAUAGGUUGGUGCAGCAUGAUAGAAAUGAACUAUAAGGAUGCCUUUCAAUCCUUUGAGAGACUGAAGAAUGAAUCGCGGUGGUCCCAGUGCUAUUAUGCUUAUCUGACAGCAGUGUGUCAGGGGGCCACUGGAGAUUUGGAAGGAGCACACGAUGUAUUUAAAGACGUCCAGAAACUUUUCAAACGAAAGAACAACCAGAUUGAGCAAUUCUCUGUUAAAAAGAGUGAAAGAUUUAAAAAGCAAAGUCCAACCAAAGAGCUGUGUGUUCUGGCCGCUGUCGAGGUGCUGUAUCUGUGGAAGGCUAUUCCUAACUGUUCCCUGUCUAACCUCCAACGCAUGAGCCAAGCUUGUCAUGAAGUACUGGAUCCAUCUGUUGUUGGUUUGAGGAGUUUGCUCCUUGGUGCUAUACAUAAAUGUCUGGGGAACACUGAAGAUGCUGUUCAGUUUUUCCAGCGCGCUGUUAAAGACGAAAUAGGUCGCCAGCUGAACCUGUACGUUCAACCAUAUGCUUGCUAUGAACUGGGCUGCCUUUUGCUGGACAAUCCAGAGACUGUGGCGAAGGGGAAAACGUUACUUUUUCAGGCAAAGGAAGAAUACACAGGCUACGACUUUGAGAACAGAUUGCACGUGCGGAUACACGCAGCCUUAGCUUCCCUCAGAGAAGUCCUCCCUCAAUGACACAGUCACAGUCUAUUUUACACCCGUUUCUGCACUUUAAUGAGAAGCAGAGGAUCAAAAAGACUGGGCAAAGCGGGGGAAUCUACAUUGUCCCCCAAAAAAUGACCUGUGCCAGAACCAAGGCACAGAAUUGGCAUUCUGGAAUUCAUUUUUUUUAAGCUAGGUGAUAAGUGAGAGAAACAUGUAAUAUAUUCUAUUCCUCUGCUAGGUGAGCAGACAAGUAGUUUGGCUGUUCUGGGGAACUCUAAUGCUGAGCAGCAGCUCCAUCUACUGGACACAUUGUAGAACUAUAUAAGCACUCUUUUUAAACUGGUGGUUCACCUUUAAGAUAACUUUUAAUCUGGCCAAUUAUAAGCAACUUUUCAUUGAUCAUUUUUUUUAUAGUUUUUUUUUAAUUAUUUGCCUUUUUCUUCUUACUCUUU